GCCGCCGCCGCCGCCGCUGCCGCCGCGGGUGUGAGGCGGCCCGGCCCGGCCUGGCUGGCUCCCUCCGCCGGGCAGCCCGCCCAGGAGCAGCCGCCGGGGCCCGCUCGCCGGCCGCCUCAGCCACAGCCGCCUGCUCCCGCCGGCCGGGCCUGCGCCGCCGCCGCCUCCUCCGCCGCCGCCCCCUUCCCCCUUACCACCACCCCCAGUGCCGGAGCCAUGGCGGGCGCCGCGUCCCCCUGCGCCAAUGGCUGCGGGCCCGGCGCGCCCUCGGACGCCGAGGUGCUGCACCUCUGCCGCAGCCUCGAGGUGGGCACCGUCAUGACUUUGUUCUACUCCAAGAAGUCGCAGCGGCCGGAGCGGAAGACCUUCCAGGUCAAGCUGGAGACGCGGCAGAUCACGUGGAGCCGUGGCGCCGACAAGAUCGAGGGGGCCAUUGACAUUCGAGAAAUCAAGGAGAUCCGCCCAGGGAAGACCUCACGGGAUUUUGAUCGCUACCAAGAGGAUCCUGCUUUCCGAACAGACCAGUCACACUGCUUUGUCAUACUGUAUGGGAUGGAGUUCCGCCUGAAGACCCUGAGCCUGCAAGCUACAUCUGAGGAUGAAGUGAACAUGUGGAUCAAGGGGUUAACUUGGCUGAUGGAAGAUACAUUGCAGGCGGCCACACCUCUGCAGAUUGAAAGGUGGCUGAGGAAGCAGUUCUAUUCGGUGGAUCGGAAUCGUGAGGAUCGUAUAUCAGCCAAGGACCUGAAGAACAUGCUGUCCCAGGUCAACUACCGGGUCCCCAACAUGCGCUUCCUCCGAGAGCGUCUGACGGACCUGGAGCAGCGCAGCAGUGACAUCACCUAUGGGCAGUUUGCUCAGCUGUACCGCAGCCUCAUGUACAGCGCCCAGAAGACGAUGGAUCUCCCCUUCUUGGAAGCCAGUGCCCUGAGGGCGGUGGAGCGGCCGGAGCUCUGUCGCGUGUCCCUUCCUGAGUUCCAGCAGUUCCUCCUCGAGUACCAGGGGGAGCUGUGGGCCGUCGACCAGCUUCAGGUGCAAGAAUUUAUGCUCAGCUUUCUCCGAGACCCCUUGCGAGAGAUUGAAGAGCCGUACUUCUUCCUGGAUGAGUUUGUCACCUUCCUGUUCUCCAAAGAGAACAGUGUGUGGAACUCACAGCUGGAUGCAGUGUGCCCAGAAACCAUGAACAACCCCCUCUCCCACUACUGGAUCUCCUCCUCCCACAACACAUACCUGACCGGGGACCAGUUCUCCAGCGAGUCCUCCCUGGAAGCCUACGCUCGCUGCCUGCGGAUGGGCUGUCGCUGCAUUGAGUUGGACUGCUGGGAUGGCCCAGAUGGGAUGCCAGUCAUUUACCAUGGACACACCCUUACCACCAAGAUCAAGUUCUCAGACGUCCUGCACACUAUCAAGGAGCACGCCUUUGUGGCCUCAGAGUACCCGGUCAUCCUGUCCAUUGAGGACCAUUGCAGCAUUGCCCAGCAGAGGAACAUGGCACAGUACUUCAAGAAGGUGCUUGGGGACACACUCCUUACCAAGCCUGUGGACAUCGCUGCCGAUGGACUCCCCUCACCCAACCAGCUCAAGAGGAAGAUCCUUAUCAAGCACAAGAAGCUGGCAGAGGGCAGUGCCUAUGAAGAGGUGCCUACAUCAGUGAUGUACUCCGAGAACGAUAUCAGCAACUCCAUCAAGAAUGGCAUCCUGUACCUGGAGGACCCUGUGAACCACGAGUGGUAUCCCCACUACUUCGUCCUGACCAGCAGCAAAAUCUACUACUCUGAGGAGACGAGCAGUGACCAGGGCAACGAGGAUGAGGAGGAGCCCAAGGAGGCCAGUGGCAGCACAGAGCUGCACUCCAGUGAGAAAUGGUUCCACGGGAAGCUCGGGGCAGGACGGGAUGGGCGGCACAUCGCUGAGCGCCUGCUUACCGAGUACUGCAUCGAGACCGGGGCCCCUGAUGGCUCCUUCCUCGUGCGAGAGAGCGAGACCUUCGUGGGCGACUAUACCCUCUCUUUCUGGCGGAAUGGGAAAGUCCAGCACUGCCGGAUCCACUCUCGGCAGGACGCUGGGGCCCCCAAGUUCUUCUUGACAGACAACCUGGUCUUUGACUCGCUCUAUGACCUCAUCACACACUACCAGCAGGUGCCCCUACGCUGCAACGAAUUUGAGAUGCGCCUCUCAGAGCCAGUCCCGCAGACCAAUGCCCACGAGAGCAAAGAGUGGUACCAUGCCAGCCUGACCAGAGCUCAGGCCGAGCACAUGCUGAUGCGCGUCCCCCGGGAUGGGGCCUUCCUGGUGAGGAAACGGAAUGAGCCCAACUCCUACGCCAUCUCCUUCCGGGCUGAGGGCAAGAUCAAGCAUUGCCGCGUCCAGCAGGAGGGCCAGACGGUGGUGCUGGGCAACUCAGAGUUCGACAGCCUCGUGGACCUCAUCAGCUACUAUGAGAAGCACCCACUGUACCGCAAGAUGAAGCUGCGCUAUCCCAUCAACGAGGAGGCGCUGGAGAAGAUCGGCACAGCUGAGCCAGACUAUGGGGCCCUGUAUGAGGGCCGCAACCCAGGCUUCUAUGUGGAGGCGAAUCCUAUGCCGACUUUCAAGUGUGCAGUCAAAGCACUCUUUGACUACAAGGCCCAGAGAGAGGAUGAGCUGACUUUCACUAAGAGCGCCAUCAUCCAGAACGUGGAGAAGCAAGAAGGUGGCUGGUGGCGGGGGGACUAUGGUGGGAAGAAGCAGCUGUGGUUCCCGUCAAACUACGUGGAAGAGAUGGUCAGCCCCGCAGCCCUGGAGCCUGAGAGGGAGCACUUGGACGAGAACAGCCCCUUGGGGGAUUUGCUCCGGGGGGUCUUGGAUGUGCCAGCUUGUCAGAUUGCCAUCCGUCCCGAGGGCAAGAACAACCGGCUGUUCGUCUUCUCCAUCAGUAUGGCUUCCGUGGCGCACUGGUCCCUGGAUGUCGCUGCUGACUCACAAGAGGAGCUGCAGGACUGGGUGAAGAAGAUCCGAGAAGUGGCCCAGACGGCAGACGCCAGGCUCACGGAGGGCAAGAUGAUGGAGCGGAGGAAGAAGAUCGCCCUGGAGCUCUCCGAGCUGGUUGUCUACUGUCGGCCUGUUCCCUUUGAUGAAGAGAAGAUUGGCACAGAACGUGCCUGCUACCGGGACAUGUCGUCCUUCCCGGAAACCAAGGCUGAGAAAUACGUGAACAAGGCCAAAGGCAAGAAGUUUCUCCAGUACAACCGGCUGCAGCUCUCCCGCAUCUACCCCAAGGGCCAGCGGCUGGACUCUUCCAAUUACGACCCCUUGCCCAUGUGGAUCUGUGGCAGUCAGCUCGUGGCUCUCAACUUCCAGACCCCAGACAAACCUAUGCAGAUGAACCAGGCCCUCUUCAUGGCCGGUGGCCACUGUGGCUACGUGCUGCAGCCGAGCACCAUGCGGGAUGAGGCCUUUGAUCCCUUUGACAAGAGCAGCCUCCGAGGCCUGGAGCCAUAUGCCAUCUGCAUCGAGGUGCUGGGGGCCCGGCACCUGCCGAAGAAUGGCCGAGGCAUCGUGUGUCCUUUUGUGGAGAUUGAGGUGGCCGGAGCAGAGUAUGACAGCAUCAAACAGAAGACAGAAUUUGUGGUGGACAACGGACUGAACCCUGUUUGGCCCGCCAAGCCCUUCCACUUCCAGAUCAGUAACCCGGAAUUUGCCUUCCUGCGCUUUGUGGUGUAUGAGGAGGACAUGUUCAGUGACCAGAACUUCCUGGCUCAGGCCACCUUCCCAGUAAAGGGCUUGAAGGCAGGAUACAGAGCCGUGCCUUUGAAGAACAACUACAGCGAGGACCUGGAGCUGGCCUCCCUGCUCAUCAAGAUCGAGGUUUUCCCUGCCAAGGAGAACGGUGACGUCAGUCCCUUCAGUAGUAUGUCUCUGCGCGAGCGGGGCUCCGAUGCCUCGGGUCAGCUGUUCCAUGGCCGGGGCCGGGAAGGUUCCUUUGAAGCCCGCUACCAGCAGCCGUUUGAGGACUUUCGUAUCUCCCAAGAGCAUCUGGCAGACCAUUUUGACAGUCGGGAACGGAGGGCCCCACGAAGGACUCGGGUCAACGGGGACAACCGCCUCUAGUUGUGUGCCAGCCUCGUUGAGAGCAGCGGGUGCCAUGCACCUCGUGGAGUGCCGUGAGCCGGGUUCUUGAGAAGUGGCCUGUCGUGGCAGCCUUCCUGGCCCCGUAGCCUGGAGCCUGGAUUCCAGCAGUGACUGCUAGACAAAACCAAGCCAUUAAUGAGUUGUUUUACUGUUCGGGGCCUCCGUGCCCCAGCUCUGGGGGAAGGCAAACACUGUACUGUGUCUCAAAUUAAUUAAGCACACACCUCUGGUCCUGACUUCUGGAGAUGGAGCUUUCCAUCUAUGGGGCCAGGACCAUGGCUGCAGCCCCUUGGAGAGAGGCUGCCUCAGCCUGUGGCACAGGAGGCUCUAAGGAACCGCAGCAGCCUCAUGGGGCCAGGGAAACAAACCCAAGUUUACAUUGUCCUGUAGCUUUAAAACCCCAGCCAGGCAGGGGUGGGGGUAGAUGCCCCCACGGUUUGGCCCUGGAGCCAGGGCAGAGGAGCACAGGACCUGCCUGGAGAGGGUCCCCCCCCUGCUCAAGGAAGAGGACACAGCACAAGGGCACGUUGCCCGUGGCUGGGAACACAGCCCAGCCUCCAAGAUACAGGGGAUCGUGUUAGAAAUAGCAGCAUUGGGCAAGCCAGGCUGCUGUGGGCCAUGGAGGGUCGCCCUGCAGGCCACUGUGUGAGGGGCCUGAGGAGGCCCAGGGCGCUGCCUGGAAUGGGGACAGCAGCCCCUCAGGACCACGGGAGGAUGAGGGGGACCCGGAUGUCCUGCCCUGCCUUGGGCUGCACCACCUGCCUGCUGCCCAAAGCCGGGAGGCAGCCCAAGGUUGACACUCGGGAUGUGAGCCUGGAAUCCGGACCUGCUCACUAGGGUAAAUGAGUGUGUGGCCGUGCUGGCCGAGCACAGCAGCUCCUGCCACGUUGGGAGGGCGUGCCUCGCUCUGACGCAGAGGCCACCGAGCAACGGAAGGUCUAACAGCAAGGUCAGCGGACUUGAGGCCUUUGUCGGAGAUGGGUGCCGGCGUGGCCAGAACAGAGGAGCAGGUCGCAGGCCACGCCGGGGAUUUUCCCCAGUACCUUCGGGAAGCUCCUGCACACAACUGACAGGCCCUUCUUCAAGGCACCCUUCAGCAGGUCGGCUAGGGGACCCCUCCCCCCCACCCCCGUCCUGUUCCAGACCGAAGACCACUCUCCCCGUUGCAGCAUAAGACCUGGGCUCUGAGUCUGCGGACAGCACUGUGGGAGGAUGUGGAGAUCAGCCCGAAUAUUCAUUAAACCAGUUGAAAGUCCUCUUGCUGGGCAUCUGUGAUGUUGGAGUAUGGAAUUUUAAAGGUUAUUUUUUGCA